AUGGAGCCUUCCAAAGAACCUGUCAGUGUGAGGAUCACACGCUUGAAUAACAUGGUCUUGGGUAAAACUCCAAGGAGUCUCAUAAGACGUGAGGGUCUCAUCGAUUCUCUUCUGGUUCUAUAUGAUGAAUGCAAUAAUGAUUCAAUGAAAAAGGACCCAAAUAUUGCUGCUUUUGUUGAGAAGUUUCGCUCCCCUGUCAGUGAAAUUAGGGGCAUGCGUGUCAAUAUUAGUGAUUUUGAAGUGCGAAAAGUUAUUGGAAGAGGGCAUUUUGGUGAAGUUCACCUUGUGCGAGAAAAACAAACCGGGGAUGCAUAUGCCAUGAAGACUUUGAGAAAGAAUGAUACUCUCGGGAACAAAAGAGCUUUCUUUGAGAACGAGAGGGAUGUGAUGGCUAUUGCCACCUCCCCUUGGAUCACCUCUCUGCAAUAUGCUUUUCAAGAUAUGCACAAUUUGUACUUGGUCAUGGAGUUUCAUUCAGGUGGUGAUUUAUUAGCCCUCCUUGAUCGCUUUGGAGGACGUAUUUCAGAAGAAUUUGCAAGAUUUUAUUUGGCCGAGAUCACCUCUGGAAUCAGGAGCUUGCAUCAAAUGGGAUAUGUGCACCGUGACUUAAAGCCCGACAAUGUUUUAUUGGAUCGCUGCGGUCACAUAAAACUUGCUGAUUUUGGGUCAUCUGCCAAACUGUCCAGUGCUGGAAUUGUCCAAGCUGAUAUGCCUGUUGGAACGCCAGAAUACUUGGCUCCAGAAGUUCUACUAUCCAUUGAAACAACUGAAGGGAAGGUCAAAAGUCGCUCAGCUGUCUCUCGAUCUCCUCAAAACCAGUUUUCACCUUUGUAUGGUGCAGAGUGUGAUUUCUGGUCACUGGGCAUUGUAGCUUAUGAGCUGGUAUAUGGAAAGACACCCUUCAGAAGUGACCAGUUAGCCACCACUUAUCAAAAUAUACAGUCACACAAGAAACAAUUAAAGUAUCCAGACAGCAUUGAAGUUUCUAAUGAUUUUAAGGAUAUGGUCUCUGGUUUGAUUACGGAUGCCAACUCACGCCUAACUUACGAUCAUUUGAUCAAACACCCAUUUUUUGGCGAUGUUGACUGGGUGUCUCUGCGAGACAUUGUCCCGCCUCAUGUGCCUGUUGUGAAUGGGGAUGAUGACACAUCCAACUUCUUUGAGUUUGAAAGAAUGCAGCCUGCUCCCUCUAUUGAAAAUUUCAAAACACACAAGGAGUUCUCUGGACGGAACUUGCCUUUUGUAGGCUUCACCUAUGCUAGAGACUCUUCAACAGUGUCAAAUCUCAGUGGUUCUGUUGACCCUCAUUUAGAAAGGAAGCUUGAAGCUAAGAAAAAAGAAAUCCAUGGUCUUUUGUCCAAGAUCCAUGCUUUAGAGGGAACUUCAGGGCGCAAGAAUCAUAAUGCUGAGACUUUAGAAAAGAGGGCAGAAACAGCAGAGCAGUGCUUGGAAUUAAUUGAACAGGACAGAUCACGUCUUGAAACUGAACUUGCACGCUCUCGGUCUGAACAGCAAUCAUUGCGAAGGGCCUUGGAUCUGGAAAUGCAGGAAACCAAGAACAUGGAAGCUAGAGCCAUGGAACUCAUCAAAAGUGCAAAGGAGAAAUGGGAUCGCCUAUAUGCAAAAGAGCAUAAGGAAAAGGACAAGAGAAUUGAGCAGCUGACUGACCAAUUAACUGCUUUAAAUACAACCAACAACAAUCUGAUGUCAAAGCUGCUUAGACGAGAUAAGGAACAGACACAGCUCAAAACAGAAGUAGCUAAUCUUCAGGAACUUGUGAAAGAGUACAAGGACAAUAUGGCCAAAACCAGACAGUCUCAGAGAGAGAGUGUCUUGGAUGUUCAAAGUCGGCUUAGUGAAUUGGCCUCAGAAAGUCAAAAAGAGCUGUCGGAGCUCCAAAAGCGUCUAGAUUCUGAGACACGUAAAUUUGAACUCCACAAAUCUCAGUUAGAUAAGAAACGCCAUGAGUUGGAAAAAGCUCUAGAAAAAUCUCGUUUGGAGAAUAAGAUCUUAAAUGACAAACUGGUUGAGAAAUCUAAUCAGCUGAAAUAUCUGGAUCGCACUCGUGUUGCAGAGCUAGAGAAAAAGAUUCAAAUGGGCUGCACUAAGUGCACAUUGUGGCAAGAACGUGUUGCCACUCUUGAGUCUGAACUUAGUGCCUCUAUGAUGUCCUUUGAGCAACAUGAAACUACUAUUGCUGAACGAGAAGGCCACCAGCUUGAAAAAGUCAGCAAAGAGAAAUCUGAUUUAGAAAACCGCCUACAAAACUUUGCAUUUAAGGAAGAGGAAAAUAAAGAAAAACUUGCUUCUUUAGAAAAGUUGAUGCAGUCUCUACAGGGAAGUGUUGACAAACUUGAAGAAGAAAACGCCAAACUGAGAGACCAAAAUUCUGCUCUUGUGAAGUAUAAGCGUCGCUCAUCUAUUGGUACUAUUGGUUCCAAUCUCCCUACUGCGUCGCCUCGAGCUUCAACCACAACCACAGUUACCACAACUACUGUUGUAGCAUCUAAAGCUGAAGCCAGUUUAGAACCUGCCUGCAAUGAUAAUAUGGAUGAAGCCAAUCAUUUCCAGCUUCAAGUCAUGGAAGCUAAUAUUAACAAGCUUGAAUCUCAACUUGACAAAGCUAAAGAGGCUGCCAUCUUGGAUCGUCAAGCUGCCCAAACAGCCCGCUCUGAACUCUGGCGUAAAGAGAAAGAGUUGUCAGAUGUCAAACUGGAUUUGCGUAUUUCUGAGCGUGAAGUUAAAAGAUUGAAAGAAGAGACCACAAAAUUAGAGAGUGCCAAGGCAAAGCUAGAGGAUGACAUUAAGAAAGAUCGUGAAUUGAGAAGAACUGAGAAGGACAAAAUUUCUCAAUUAACACGUGAGCUUGAAAUGCUACAAGCGGAACUUAAGCAGGACAAGCUAUCCUCUUCAACUUUAACAGAAACCUUGGCUAGUUACAAAACGGACCUAAUGGCCAAAGAGGCAAGAAUGAAAGAACUGCAAGUAGAUUUAACGGCUGCCAACAGACAAGUUAGACUACUGGAGCUGCAAGUUAAUAAGACGGAUGAAACUUGUAGUGAAUUGCGAGAUGAAAAGAAAAGGAUUCUACAGCAGCUGGAUGAAGCUCAACGAAGUCUCCAGAGGCUUGAAGUUAACAGUAAUGUACUUAAAGAAACAUGCACUAUGUUGGAAGAGCAGCUUGAAGAUUUUGAAAGACUGACUUCAACCCAUGAAGCUAAAGAGGCUCGGCUCCAUGAAGAAUGUUCCAAACUGCAUACAGACAUUGAAGUUGUUCAGAGUGAACUGCGUCUCAGCAAGCAAAAUUUGAAUGAAGAAAAGUCCUUCCGUGCUCAGGCAGAAGCUCGUGUUCAAGUAUUGGAAUCCCAAUUAGAAGAAUGCAAAGCUUCUCUUGCUCAAGCACGUGAGCAGGCUUCGGAAUACAAGAGUCUUGCCGAACGACUUACUCAGCAAGUUAACAACACAGAUGAACAUACAUCCCAGUUAGAGGUGACCUUGCACUCUGCCCAACGCCAAAUUGCUAAUCUUCAAGCAGAGAUGAUUGGACUGAAAGAAGAGGUGACCACACAGCUGACUCGGAUCCAUACUCUGAAGGAAACAAAUCUCAGGUUGGAUCUGGAGCUCGAGGAGAGUGCUGAGGAGGAGAGGGCUCUCUUGGAAAGAGUUGAAAGGCUUCAGUCAACCAUAUCAGAAAUGGAGGCAUGUCAUCGCCAUCGCCAGGUGAAGAGUGAUGCCACCCUCCAGCAACAGGCUAAGCUGAUUGAUUAUCUGCAGCAAAAACUUGAAGAGCAAGGACGCAGGAAGAAGACACUGACAGACAAGCUGUUUGGAAAAAAGGAUAAGGAAAAUCAAAUGAACAGUGCAAAUAUCAUAAAUGCUGGGUUUAAAGAGUUGGAGUCCCAGCUUUUGCAAGAACGCAAAAAGGCCCAGAAGCUAACAGAUGAAAUUGUUCGAUCAUCUGUUCAUGGGCCUAAAAGUACACCAAGGGAUAAGGAGAAGGAGAAACACUCCUCCACUGUGCCGGAUCCAGAGGUUCUCUCACCAACAGCUGCCAAACAUUUGGUGCUCUCACCAGGAUCUCAAGCGAUCAAAAGCCAAGGGUCACAUCAACGAAUGCAUCAUAACAUACCUCACAGAUUCGAGCUCAAGGUCAUUAUGAGAUCUUCAAAAUGUGCCGCUUGUCAAGAUGGUUUACCCUUUGGGCGUCAAGCUGCAACUUGUCUGGAGUGCGGUGUCACCGCCCAUCAUCGUUGCAUUGCUCUUCUGCCUUCAACCUGUGGGUUACCUUCUGGCUUUGCUCGCCACUUUUCCCAAAGGUGGAAGAAAUCGAGAGAUGGAGAAAGUGUUAGUAGUCAAAAUGAUGCUCCAUGUUCCACAGCUGUUAACAUGGAAAGCUGGAUGAAACUUCCUACACGAGGUAACGCAUGUUGGGAACGGCGAUACGUUCGUCUUGCGGGCAGUGAGUUGCUCAUAUUUUCCCAUGAACCGUCUGCUAAUUCUGCACACAUGUCACCUAUUGAACGGUACCCUCUCUGCCCUGCCGACGGUAUUGCCUCUGUGAGCUCAGCAUCUCAGACUGAUGUGGCUGGAACUGCUAAGUCUGAUGUGCCUUAUAUCAUCAAGGUGGAAGUGACACCUCGUACUACUUGUUGGCCUGGAUCUACACAAUAUCUAAUGGCUUUAAGUGCGGUAGAUAAGGAAAAAUGGAUAGAGGCCUUAAAAGCAGCGAUUCGAGCGGGAGAAGCUAUGAAGGGCACCACAGCCUCUGAUAGAAGUCGGCGUUAUUGUGGUCAAGUUAUGGUUCGUCUCCCUCAAGAAAACAAGUUAGAUGUUUCAUGCAUCUUGCACAUCAACAAUCAGGUCAUGCUCCUGGGAGCAGAGGAGGGUCUCUUCUCUUACCACUUGAACAAAGAAAAUGCUAAACCUGUGAAGAUAGGUGGUGUUGGUUCUGUUUAUCAGAUGACUGUCAUGUCAAAUCGUGGGAUUGCAAUUAUGAUUUCUGGUAAAAAUAGAGAAGUGCUUUUCUGUGACUAUGCUCAGUUGAAAUCUUGUGCUGAGGCAGCUGAGUGCACUCAAGCAGUUCUGAACACCAGGCCUGUGUUUGCUCAUGGUAGCACAAGCAGCACUGACGGUUGUUUCCAAUUAAUUGCAACUUCCAAGCCCAAUGAAUCAGGAACCACCACAGACAUUCUCUGUGCAGCUUCAGCUAAAAGACUAGUGAUUUUCAAGUGGACAGGUGAAGGUGGCUUCCAGCAACUUAAGGUUUUGGAAACUCAAGAACCCUGCAGUUGCAUUUUGUUGACACCUCAUUCAAUUAUUGUAGGAUGUAACAAAUUUUUUGAGAUCGAUGCUCAAGAUUUUUCAGUUGAAGAUUUCCUUGAUGUGUCUGACAAAUCAUUGUCGCACCUUAUCUCUCUUGCUAAAAAGACCAACAGUUUCCCCUCUGCUAUUUUGGAUGUCACAAUGACAGGAGGAAGAUGUUCACCUGAGUAUUUAGUCUGUUUCCAUGAAGUGGGAGUAUUUGUUGACCAAUAUGGCCGCCGGUCUCGGGAGGAGGAUAUCAAGUGGGCCCAUGUGCCUUUUGCUUUUGCAUUCCGGAAACCGUUCCUCAUGAUAUUCCAUUUUGCGUCAGUAGAAAUUAUGAGACUUUCCCACACUAGUUUUACUCGCAACCUGAAUGACUCUGGGUCUACCAUUAGUGAGUGCCCUGCAUCCUCUGUGAUAGAAUUGAACAGCCCUCUCUACCUGGGAGACACCCUGUCAUUUGGUUCCGUGUAUGCCAGCAAUAUCCCAGCAAAUGGUGUGGAAAUAGUUCGUCUUGAUGGUGCUCUUGCAUGCCCUGAUGAACUGGGUUACAGCUGUACCAGUCUAGAAACAGCCUCAGACAAUAGAGAUGAGGCUAUUGCUGAAGUGCGAGAUGUUUGUGAAUUUAGUUUCACAUCUUCAAUUGUUCAAAGUCUUGAAGAAUCAGAUGAGGAAACUGAAGAUGCUCGCAGUUCAAGCCAUCAAGGCAGUGACACGCAAUCCUCAGGUCAAAGUGAUAUACACUCUAGACAUGUGCACUUUCGGAAAGCAUCCACUUCCACUCUCCACACUGCCAUGUAAGAAUAUGUUAUGUUCAAUGGUGCACGGUCAUUGAACUAUAAAACUGAGGAAUUAUGAUCUCAGGAAAUCUAAAUGGUGUAUGCUUCAAGUAGCUUUUGUCAUUCUUGCCUCUAUAGGAUACGUUAGAAGGAUGUUACUAAUUUUCUUAGUGCAUGACAUUUAUAUGUAUAAAGAUUUCCAUAACAAUGAUGUUUUUAUUUUUUAGACAUCUGCUGUUCUUGUAAUUCAGUUAUUCCUUUACUGUCCAUAUUUUAAAUACCAGUAAUUAAUUUAAGAUUUGUUUCAUGAACAUUCCAAUUGUUCAAUGAAUUCUAUGACAGCAUACUACACAUCUCCAGUGAAAACUAUUUAUUAUAAUUCAUUUAAGUCUUAACAUUUCCUUUUAUGAGAUAAUGCUGUGAUCUUGCCAAUUUGGUGUAAUGUAUAUUUUAAAAAUAAUUGAUCCAGUCUGAUUUUGUCAUCCAUGAUUUUAAUUGAAGUCAAAUAAAAGAAAUAUUGCCACA